AUGUCGACACUUCACGACUAUCCCGAGCUGGAAAACAUUCCACCUGCACCGCCUCGCUCCACACUUUCAAGAUCAAGCGCAUCACAAGCAACACUCGUUCCGAAAUGGGCAGCCGCCAUCUUUUCGACUUUCCCUCUGCACACGUAUCCAGCAGCCAUAGUGUACUCGCCCACGACGACAGCUCCGCCGGUCAAGCCCACUCUCUAUGUGGCUCCUCACCUGUUCCGAGACGGAACACUGUCUUGGUCGGAUAAAGACGCUCAUUCUUCACACACCGAGUUCAAUGCCGAUCACACAGCAUCUCAUCUAACUUCGCCAUCCGGCUGGUCCAGCAGUGAUCCGAUUGCUCUGCGAUGGCAAAUGGAGCUGCUGUUCCGCAAUGUCGAUUUCGAUGUGCGAUUCAUCGAUCCGUCGCACAACUGGGGUCCAGCCAAAUCGAUGCCUUUCCUGCAUCUUCCGCCUCGAUUCCGCAGCAAAACCUCGUCCUCAUUACUUUCGGCGACCGAAAUUCCACAUCUGAUCGAUAACUACUACCCAGCUUCCCGACCCGAGCUGGGUGAAAAGGACAGCUCAGCCUGGAACGAUGCCUCGACAGAGCUCGAGGCGAGAUCAUGGCAGAGCCUUGUCAAUGGUCGAAUCAUGGCCGGUGUCUUGCUCGCUGUACUUCUCUCUCCUCAAUCGACAGCGUAUGCCAGGACGGACUCGCAACCGUACCUCUCGGCACUCGUCUCAUCGUACUUGAACAACUCCUUCUUCGACCAGCAGCUGCGGCGCAUCUCGGCACUCAACCCGUCAGCGUCUAUUGCAUCAGCAUCAGCCUCUUUCUCUCGUUCGACCAGCGCAUUCCCAUGUUCGGCUCAACCCACUACGGCGCUUCCAGGCUGGCAAGUGGGCUUCCUGAGCUGGAUUGGUGCUACCACUGCCUCUGCAGCUUCCGCCCUGUCUACAGCCGAUCUAGACUCGCGGGGUGGCGGCGACACUCCUGGAGCUGCUCUUGCCAGCCCAUCCGUCGAUCAGGGCAAAGUGGUCGCGGAUGCUGUCGCCGGUCUGCGUGCUCUCGCUUCUCGAACAAAGGCGCAACUGUCGCAAAGCCCGCCAGAGACGCAGUUCCUGCUUGGCGCGCGAAGACCGACAUCGCUCGACGCUCUGGCAUUCAGCGUAAUCCACACGGUGUUGACGCUAUCUGCUACACCUCAGUCUCAGGGCAAAUUGGCAAGCGAACCGCUUGCAAAGCUCAAACACGUGCUCGAUCAAAGCCCGUGGUUGGUGAGUUGGUCCAGACAGAUUUGGAAGCAGUACAUCAAGGAUUUAGAUCGCACUUGA